AUGGAUAUCAAUCGAAUUCGUGCUGGUGAGCAGUGCAUGCUAGACGAGGACAUGCAUACAGAGUUCAAGAUGCACAUGAAACAUUCUUUGAUGGAAAUCCCUACUGCUUGUCAAUCCUAUGAGAAUGGACGUCCUGUGCGCAAAAUGCAGCCUACUAGCAAAACAAUUUCUGCGUUCUUGAACACCGAAGGCGGCACAAUUUACGUGGGAAUUGAUGACGAUGCUAUCAUCCAUGGUAUGCGGUUGACGGAUCCUAUGAAGGACCAUUUCAUUUUGUCUUUGAACCAUUGCAUCUCGCAGUUCACUCCACCUGUCCCACCGGAACUUGUUCAAGUGCUAUUUUUGGAAAUAGAUGAAUCUGGCAGCAGUGGAGAUGCAGAAGAUGUCAUACCAGUCCCACCUGUCAAUCCCGCUGCCGGUGAUUCUGCGGACGUUGAAGACGAUGACAGCGAAGAGGAGUUUCAAAGACUAGUGACUAAGGUAAAUCUGUCAACAAUUAAUAAGAAGAGAGAAUAUAAUGGAAGCUAG